CUCCGGCACCGCGGUGGGCUGCAGAGUGUCGCGCCGGUAACCUCAGCUGCGGAGAACAGUGAUGGCUCCACCAGGGAAAGUUGUCGCUGCCGCCGUACCUUGAGGGAAGAGCCGCGGGACGCCCUUCGUCGGUGUGUGUGUCCCCUCCCCGUUGCCCUUCUAGCGCCCCGAAGAAGUUGACAUCUUUCGGCGGGGCGAUGGCAGAGCCUGCCGGCAGCAGAGAACUGCCGGCGGCGGGCCGUGUCUCUCUGGACGCCGCUCACCGUGCCGAGGAGGAGAUGGACCCGGCUUCUCUGGACGCCCCGGCGGCGGCCGCGGGCAGGAGGCGGGAGCGGCGCAGCGGUGUCUCGGCCGUCGGUACCGCUGAGCGCUUCCCCAGUAGCAGCCUUGGAGUGGCGGCAACCCCGGACCCCGACGUCUGCCUGCUGGAGGCGGCCAAAGCCACCCCUCGAAGGAGCAGCAUCAUCAAGGAUCCUUCAAACCAAAAAUGUGGAAGAAAGAAAACAGUGUCCUUCAGCAGCAUGCCAUCAGAGAAGAAGAUAAGCAGCGCCAGCGACUGUAUCAGCUUUAUGCAGGCUGGGUGUGAACUGAAGAAAGUUCGUCCAAAUUCCCGGAUUUAUAACCGUUUUUUCACUCUGGAUCCUGACCUGCAGGCUCUGCGUUGGGAGCCUUCCAAAAAGGACCUUGAGAAAGCAAAGCUUGAUAUCUCUGCCAUAAAAGAAAUCAGACUAGGGAAGAACACAGAAACAUUCAGGAAUAAUGGACUCGCAGACCAGAUUUCUGAGGACUGUGCGCUGUCGGUAAUUCACGGUGAGAACUAUGAGUCCCUUGACCUGGUUGCCAACUCCGCUGAUGUGGCCAACAUUUGGGUAUCGGGGUUAAGGUACUUGGUUUCUCGUAGCAAACAGCCCCUGGAUCUGAUGGAAAACAGCCAUAAUACCCCACGGUUUGCCUGGCUAAAAACUGUGUUUGAAGCAGCAGACAUUGAUGGUAAUGGCAUAAUGUUAGAAGAUACAUCUGUGGAGCUCAUAAAGAAGCUCAAUCCCACCUUAAAAGAAUCAAAGAUUAGGUUAAAAUUCAAGGAAAUCCAGAAGAGCAAAGAGAAACUGACAACGCGAGUAACGAAAGAGGAGUUCUGUGAGGUGUUCAGUGAACUUUGCACGAGACCUGAAGUUUAUUUCUUACUGGUGCAGAUAUCUAAAAACAAAGAGUAUCUAGAUGCCAAUGACCUCAUGCUGUUUUUGGAGGCUGAGCAAGGAGUGAGCCACAUAACAGAAGAGAUGUGUCUGGAUAUCAUACGCAGGUAUGAGCUCUCUGAAGAAGGGCGCUUGAAAGGCUUUCUUGCAAUCGAUGGAUUUACCCAGUACUUGUUGUCCCCAGAAUGUGAUAUUUUUGACCCAGAGCACAAAAAAAUCGUCCAAGAUAUGACACAGCCUUUGUCACACUACUACAUCAACGCAUCCCACAAUACAUAUCUGAUAGAGGACCAGCUCAGGGGGCCCGCUGAUAUCAAUGGCUAUGUCAGAGCUUUGAAGAUGAGCUGUCGGAGCAUUGAACUAGACGUCUGCGAUGGCCCAGAUAACGAACCCAUUAUUUGCAACCGCAACAACAUGACGUCACCGCUUGCCUUCCGAAAUGUUAUUGAGGUGAUAAACAAACUGGCCUUUUUUGCCUCAGAAUACCCCCUUAUUCUCUGCUUGGGCAACCACUGCUCACUACAACAGCAGAAGGUGGUGGUACAACACAUGAAAAACAUCUUUGGAAACAAACUGUACACAGAGGCGCCUUUAUCCUCGGAAGUCUACCUCCCGUCGCCUGAGAAACUGAAAAUGAAGAUCAUCGUGAAAGGGAAGAAGCUGCCCAGUGACCAGGAUCUAUUGGAAGGAGAAGUCACGGAUGAAGAUGAAGAGGCUGAGAUAUCCCGGAGACUGUCGGAGGACUUCUCAAGGGAACCCAAGCUGAUCUGGCUCUGCAGGGAACUGUCCGACUUGGUGUCCCUAUGCAAAUCUGUGCAGUACAAAGACUUUGAGACAUCCAUGAAAGCUCAGAACUAUUGGGAAAUGUGCUCGUUCAGCGAGGCGGAAGCCAGUCGGAUCGCAAACGAGUCCCCUGAAGAUUUUGUCAACUACAACAAAAAGUUUCUCUCCAGGGUGUACCCCAGUGCUAUGAGGAUAGACUCCAGUAACCUAAAUCCUCAAGAUUUUUGGAAUUGUGGUUGCCAGAUAGUGGCAAUGAACUAUCAGACCCCGGGGCCUAUGAUGGACCUGCACACUGGCUGGUUUCUGCAGAAUGGGGGCUGCGGGUACGUCCUCAGGCCUUCGGUGAUGCGUGAGGAGGUGUCUUACUUCAGUGCAAAUACCAAGGGCAUUGUUCCAGGGGUUUCUCCCCAGGUCCUACAUGUCAAAAUAAUCAGUGGUCAGAACUUUCCAAAGCCCAAGGGUGCCUGUGCAAAAGGGGAUGUCAUAGACCCCUAUGUCUGCAUAGAAAUACAUGGGAUUCCUGCAGACUGCACCGAACAAAGAACUAAAACUGUUCAGCAAAACAGUGAUAACCCCAUUUUUGAUGAAAGCUUUGAGUUCCAGAUCAACCUGCCGGAGCUGGCCAUGAUCCGUUUUGUCGUUUUGGAUGAUGACUACAUUGGGGAUGAGUUCAUAGGGCAGUACACCAUCCCUCUGGAGUGCCUGCAGCCCGGCUACAGGCACAUACCGCUGCGCUCUUUUGUCGGCGACAUCAUGGAGCACGUCACCCUCUUUGUCCACAUUGCCAUAACCAACCGCAGCGGAGGUGGCAAGGCCCAAAAGCGUAGCCUGUCAGUGAGGAUAGGCAAGAAAGCAAGGGAAUACACCAUGCUGAGGAACACUGGUCUCAAGACCAUCGAUGACAUCUUUAAGCUGGCUGUGCAUCCUCUACGAGAGGCUACUGACAUGAGAGAAAACAUGCAGAAUGCCAUGGUGUCUGUGAAGGAGCUGUGCGGGCUGCCACCCAUGGCCAGCCUCAAGCAGUGCAUCCUGACCCUCUCCUCGCGCCUCUUCAGUGGUGACAGCACACCCUCCGUCACCCUCUGCAUGAAGGACGCCUUCCCUUAUCUGGAGCCUGUGGGGACCAUGCCCGACGUGCAGAAAAAGGUCUUGGCGGCCUAUGACCUGAUGAUCCAAGAGAGCAGGGUUCUCAUUGAGACAGCCGACACCACUCAUGACAAGAUUGUUCAGUGCCAGAAAGCAGGAAUGGAAUUCCAUGAGGAGCUUCAUAACCUCGGCACAAAGGAAGGUUUGAAAGGAAGAAAAUUAAGCAAAGCCAUUGAGAGUUUUGCAUGGAAUAUCACAGUGCUGAAGGGCCAAGGAGACCUCCUGAAGAAUGCCAAGAACGAAGCCCUGGAGAACAUGAAGCAGAUCCAGCUGGCAUGCCUGUCGUGUGGACUGAGCAAGGCUGGAAGCGGGCAGGGGGAUGCCAAGUCCAAACGGGGCCUGGAGGCAAUACAGGAGAAGGACACCGGCGACGAGAGCGGGCGGCUGUGAGGGGAGGCAGAGCUGCCACAGCCUUGGGCACAGGAUUCAGUAACUCGUGUGUUUUUUAAAGCGUUUAACAAUGCACACAAGAAUGCCCUCUGCAGGGUGCUGAUAGUACUGAGAGCCUCACAGUGUCAGUAUUUUAAUGCAGUUAAUUGAAGUUGAAUCCCACUAGCAAGAUUCCUGACGGAGCCGAGCUGCCUGCGUGCCAGCGCCUGCCCGUGUGAGCCCUGCAGACGCCCUCCCGUGCAUCAUCACAUUAGCCAUUCGCUAAUUUAUUCCUUUGUCAUCUUUGAAUAGGCCUCUUCAUCCCGCAGAUCAAACCAAACAGAGAGCUCUUGUAUCAGUCCUGUGCUUUAUUUCACUCUCCAGCUUUUAUGAUUUAACGAUAGGGUUACAUUUGUGCUGCUUAAACAAACCAGAACGCAACGGUGAAUGUCAUCGACAGCUGAUUUUUGUGAGGGCAAAAGCAGUGGUUUGCUGCAGGGCCUGAAUGCCAAUUUUUUAAUGAACAAUUCAAAUGAAGUAAAUGAGCUAUUAAGCAGUCAGUGUUGCUGGGCAGCUAAUAAGAUUGGAGGUGUAGAUUUCACUGAUUUUUAGCAAACUGCUCUUCAGGCCACACCCAGAUAACGCACACUAACCUACGAACUAGCUGGUGUGUUUCAUCCCAGUAAAUCAUUGCUACCUUUCAGAUCUUCAGGAC